CGAUUUCACCAAGUGCGCUCUGGUGGGCGCGUAGUCCAGGUCCGCCGCCGAGUUCACAAGCCAUUUUGUGCAUCGUUGGAGCAGCUGUGCGAGGAAUAUUACUUGUCGUUUCGCCGUGAAAAUACCAACGUUCGCGCGCCCGCGGUCGACGUAGGUGCGUCAAGUGCCGCCGCAGGCGUAUAUCGGCGCGUCACCGUCCAGGACGCGAGGCGCGUUACACUCGGCGCGAUUCGCGAGAGUACGAUCACGCAUCGCGGAAAUCUCGACGAGAGACAAAGAGACAUCCGCGGCACCUUUUAUUAACCUUGACCCGCUCGUCACAACAAUUGUGAACCACCAAAAAUGAAGAUACCACAUAUACAAUAAGAACUUUGAAGAGACGGAGUAAUUACUAGAAAUUGCAUAGCUUCAUAAUAUAAGAAGACUUAUUAUAAAUUUUAGUAAUAUUUUCUCUAGUACAAUGUUGGAUGAGUUGGCCAUAUAAGAUUAUUAAAAUGCACAUUUGUCAUUUGCCAACAAUACAUCAUAUCUUCGAUCACUUCAGCUUACACAUUGUUUGGGCAGUUUAAACAAAAUGAGUAACGAGAAUGUGGAAAGUCGGCUGCAGCCUCAGGUGGCGACCGAGGACUCGCCCAUAUUUCCCGACACGAGCGCGUCAUGUGUAGACGUAUGGAUGGAGAAGAUGAACAAGGGGGUGUUGACGAGUCUGAACUUCCGGGAAUUUUGGCGAGUCUGGGUCCCGAAGAUCUACAGUCCCGAGCGAAAUGGCAACUGCCUGGCGUGGAGCAUCGACGAGGCCAAGGCGCAGAAGAUACUGUUUAGUCCUCUGGAAGAGUUCAUCUGUAACGGCGAUCCGCAAGUUGUCUUGAAAGAGCUUACCAAGAUGGACAACCCGCCGUCAAUGUGCGGCCGUGUGUUCAAGCUGGGCGAGCCAACCUACAGCUGCCGGGAGUGUGGUGUGGACUCGACGUGUGUCUUAUGCGUAGGCUGCUUCCAGCAGUCCGCCCACCGGGAUCACAAAUACAAAAUGGGCACAUCUGGUGGCGGCGGUUGCUGCGACUGCGGCGACACAGAGGCUUGGAAGAAGGCCCCGUUUUGCGACGUACACUUGGCUGGUACGCAAUCGAAGGAGUUGCGCGGCAACAACUUACCUGGCGACAUCGCGGAACGAGCAGUGAUGGCGUUCGAGGCCGUGCUGGAGUACUGCUACGAACUUUUGACUCUCAAGUACACUGUAGCGCUGCCCGCGAAUCUGUGCGUCAAGGAUACAGCGUGUUUCGAGCUCGCCACGGAGAAACUGGACGCUUUUGACAGUUACUGUACUGUACUUUUUAACGACGAGACUCACACUUUCGAUCAAGUGAUCAACACCUUGACGCGUGUCCUCAAGUGCUUGCAGCGAGACGCGGUGGAAUAUGUGAACAACGUAGACAGAGAGGGCAGGGCCGUGGUGAGGUGUUCGGUGUUCCGCCACUGCAACGAGCUGAGGUCCGACAUUGAAAGGUUCACCUCGAGACACAGCAGUCGGCCACUCAAGGUACUCGUCUUGCACACCCACGUGGUCGCUCAUCAGACGUUCUCUAUGAAACUGCUCAAUUGGCUGCAACAGUUCAUCAGCCACUGUGAAGGCUUUCGCGUAUUAUUUAGCAACAUCGCGCUGAACACUAAGCUACCCGACACUUCUAUCGUCGAGGGCAUCCUUACGAGGGACUCGCAGCUGUGGAAGUCCGCUAGGACCGCGUGGCAUCGGCUGUUUAUCACCGGAAUGCUUAUGGAAUACGAGAGCAAGAAGGCACUAGCCGUAGUGUUCACUCACAACUACGGCUCUGUGAUGAAGGACUUUAUCAGAGACGAUCACGACCACUCGUUCUCCAUCGUCUCGCUCUCCGUGCAGCUGUUCACGGUACCGACUUUAGCUCAUCAUCUCAUCGCGCACCACGACGCACUGUUCACUCUACUGAACACACUGCUCUCCGAGGUCGCUCGGCGAUGUAACGCAGCAGGCAAGCUGGAAUUCGAGAGGAACACGCCGAACACUUUGUUCAAGAGAGCGCUGUACAUCUUUUACGACCUGCGCUACAUACUGAGCGCUAAGCCGGACGAGUGGACGGACGAGCUGAGAGUAAACUACCUGCACGGAGUCACGUUAUUGUUGACUCUCUUCUGCAGCAUGCAGUGUAUGGAUGCUGUGCUUAGACAAGUUGGUCAACAUAUGGAGUAUGAGCCUGAGUGGGAAUCCGCGAUUACUUUGCACUUCAAGUUAUCGCCUGUCAUCACUUUGGGUCUGGACUGGUGUGGGUCAGACAAGGUCGUACUGGUUGCGUCCUUUAGAAUGGUGCUAAGGAAGCUGUAUGAACAAUUGGGUAAUGAACCGGCACCGAGUCAAGUGCGAGAAUUAGCGGAUCAUAGUGCGACAUGCUUGCAGUACGACGUGUCGUCUCAGCCAGUCUCCAUACACCUGCCUCUUUCGCGGUUCUUGGCCGGUCUGUUUCUACAUCUAGAGAAAUAUAACCUGCACUUCCAGUCGGCCGAGUUUAUCAGCCAGACGAAACCGACACCGGAACAGAUUAUCGAGCCUGUGCUGACGGCGCAAGUCAUGAUAUCGCAGGUCUACUCUGGCAUGUGGCGCCGGAACGGUUACUCCGUGCUGAAUCAGCUCUACUUUUAUCACAGCGUCAAGUGCCGUCACGAGAUGCUCGACCGCGAUAUUAUUUUGCUGCAAGUAGGCGCGUCUUUGAUUGAGAGCAACGAAUUUUUGAUUCACAUCCUAAAUAAAUUCAACCUACUCAAUUGGGCGCAGCCGGAUUUCGAGGCGAACGCUCUGAAGAAUCAAGAGGAGGAUAGCAUGAGGCAGACGAUCAAUCUCGUGGAGGAGUUCCUCGGCCUGCUCAUCACGAUUAUAGGCGAGCGUUACGUACCCGGUGUCGGUCAGGUCACCACGGACGAUCGUUUCAAGAAAGAGAUCAUACAGCAACUGUGCAUAAAACCGCAGCCCCAUUCAGAGCUUAUCAAGCAGCUGGUGGACGACGUGCAACAUCUGGAGCCUGACAUGGAGACCGUGAUAUGCGAAGUCGCGGACUUCAAGAAACCGGCGCAUAGAUCGGCGGGAAAGGGCGUGUAUGAGCUAAAGCCGCACCUUUACUCAGAGUAUAACGUAUUCUUUUACCAUUACACGAAGGAGGAACUGAGUAUAUCCGAAGAGGCUCAACGAAAACGCAGGAAGGCUCUGGGCGAGUUGGAGUGCUGCCCGCCACCAAAGCUGCCCAGAUUGACGGAGACGUUCAGUCUGGUAGCGAAUUUGCUGCAAUGCGACGUGAUGCUACACAUCAUGCAGACCGUGCUGGGACGGGCGCAGAAUUUCAUCGCCAGAAGCUUCUCUGAGCCACAAGUGCACAAAAUACUACAUCUCAUCGGUUACGCGCUACAGGAGCAGGAGUCCGGUCACUACCCGUUCCUCGCAUUCCCCGAAAGGGCGGCCAAGUGGAACAUCUACAAGCUGUUGGAAGAUCUGUCCAACAGCCAGCGUAUCGACGCGCACAAGGAUCUGUUGAAGUGGACUCUGGCAAAGUAUCGUGAAGUCGCCAGUUACACGACUAUGGACGUGACGUUGGCUCCUCCCCAGGUUGAGCAGUCGGCCGACACAGGCGAGACGAAGAAGCUAGACAAGGAAUGGCGCACGAGGAUGGCGGCGCAGAAGCGGGCAAAAGUCAUGGCGCAGAUGGCCGCUAUGCAGAAGCACUUCAUGAAGAAGAAUGCCACGUUGUUCGAAGAAGCGGCCUUGGAUGUCAACAAGAGCGAUGAUCACGGCUCCGUCAUGGACUUGACUGAGCCCUCGCAGGAGGCACCGGUCGCCGUGGGCGUCGGUCAGACCAGCAGAAUAUGCGAGCAGAAGACUUACACCUGCAUUCUUUGCCAAGAGGAUCAAACCGUGACGGCGGCGGGUCCGGCGAUGGUGCUGGCUACCUUCGUGCAACAAUCCACCGUGUUAUGUCAGCGCAGGCCCGACAACGACGAAAUCAAUCCCGUGUACCUGUCGGCCAAACUUGGCGCGUCUCCGUACACCAGCACGUGCGGCCACGUGAUGCACGGCCGCUGCUGGCAGGAUUACUUCGACAACGUGCUCGCCAAGGAGAAUCGCCGACCCUACCGUAUGCGCCAGCCGGCGAGCUUCGAUGCCGAGAAUCACGAGUACCUUUGUCCGCUGUGUGAAUGCCUCAGCAAUACCGUCCUGUUGCUGGUGCCGCCGUUGGGGAUGCUGCAGCCAACUCCUAAGAAGCAGCCGGACAUCAGUUUCGAGACAUGGCUGGAGGUGAUGUGGCUCACGCUCGAGUGCAAGCCGAACCGCAAGCACGGCAAGAAGGCCAUGGAGGUGGAGGACGAGGAGAUGCUGGAAGACACGAUCGUGCCUCCUAUGAACAUACUACGGCGAGAGCUGGGCGACACGAUAGCGGACGCAUUCGAGUCCGUGUAUUCACAGCCCGGGCCGUAUCUCGUGGAGAACAUGGAGGGCAUGAUACAUCUCUUCGCCGCGCUAUUCACGCACGCUACGUACCUAAGGGGCAUCGGCCCGACCGAUGACGACCACAGUGAUCGAGUACCACUGUGGGCGUGGAAAUCGACGGCCUACACGAUCCACGCGAUAGAGUUCCUGCUGCGCGACAUGGAGAAGCCGCUCCUGGGCGCUUUGUCGUCCCGACAGCGGGACAGUAUACAAAAUCUCACGAGAAUGUCAUCCAUGUUGGGUACAUCGUUCGCGAAUCACGCGCAUCUCUGGGCGGACCGCGAAGUGCUGGUGAACCAGGCGAUGACGUUACUGACGAUAUUACUAGAGAAUCCUCACCAAGGACCCUGCAUCUUCGACUGGGAUCCAUUCGGCAUGUUGGUGCCGUUGAUUAACCUAUUGCCGAGUCUGUUUUACACGAAGCCCAAUGUGGCGUCGCCGCCUAUCAUCACCGGCGGUGUGUUUGAGUCGCACGCGCUCAAACUCAUAUUCAUUUGCCACAUUGUGAAAAUCCUGCUCACCAUCGACCUAGAAUCGCUCGAGAGCAGCAUGGACGUGGACCUCGAACCGCUUGAGGGCGGCAUGGACGUAGACAAUCGCGAGACGGACGGCGCCGCGACUGAGAACACGGCUGACUCGAACCUUGCGCUGAUACAAAUACUCGGCACGCAAAUCAGUCAUAACAUGGCAAACGAGCUGUGGCGACGUGCGGAAACCGCCUGCAAGCCGUUCCUGCGAUGCUGCGUUCUGUACUUUCACUACGUGACUGACGUGCCAGCCCCGGAGACCUUGAUGCAAGUACACGGCGACACGUACGAGAAUAUGUGCGUGUACUUGGGUUUGCCAACUACCUGCCGCGCCUUGAUCAACUCUAAUUUGAAUAUGGUUUUGAAGUUGACACAAAUGUGGAAGAGCCAUCCCACCGUCUGGCAGCAUCUGCUGGGCGUGAAGAAGGUACCGAUCGUCAAGGAUCCAUUGAGGGUGAACAAGCUGAUUGAUCUGCCGGAAGACUAUAGCGAUCUGAUUAACUCGAUAUCUACAUUCAGUUGUCCGAACAACGAGCAGGAGGACUCUCGCAAUCCCACUCUGUGUCUGGUAUGCGGCCAGAUGUUGUGCUCGCAGAGCUACUGCUGCCAGACCGAGGUCAAUAAGAUCCCGAUGGGUGCGUGUACCUACCACGCGAUUAAAUGCGGCACUGGAGUUGGUAUGUUCUUGCGGGUGCGCGAGUGCGAUAUUUUGUUCCUGCGCACCCCGACCCGCGGCACUCACAUGUGCCCGCCGUACCUCGACGAGUACGGGGAGACGGAUCAGGGCUUGCGUCGCGGCAAUCCGCUCCAUCUCUGCCACGAGAAAUACCGACGGCUCAACUAUAUCUGGCUGAGUCACGAACUGCACGAAUCCAUAGCGAGAGCCAUCGAGUCUUCGAGCAGCAUGGUGCCGACCCAGUGGCAGCACAUGUAACUUUGUCACUCUGAUAAGAGUAGCGCUGUCCCCGCUACUGAUCCGGGAUACCUUUAGAAGAAAGAGAGGGAGAAAGAAAAACAGAAAAAGAGAGAGAGAGAGAGAAAACCGAAGGUGAAACCGAGUACUAAUUCUUUUAACGCUUAAGCGAGAAUGUAGCAACAGCAGCCUAGGUAUUAUGAUAUCGUUGAUUGUCUGUUUGAGAGAGAAAAAAGAGAGAGAGAGAGAGAGAAUCGCUGCAAUGACAAAAUUAAUUUAUUGUGAGAGGGAAGCGCGAAGACGUGACAUUUGUAUAUUUAGAACGCGAACGAGAUUGUUUCUCUCCCAGCGCAUUGCGACGUCGUUUUUAGAUUGUUUUCAGAGUUUACGAAAUCCUUUUGCUCUUAUGUCUCUCAAUUGUAUAUUAAAAAAUACACAUUUGUUUAUACGUGUAUUAACAAAUUGUUGUUUCGGAGAGCUUUGUUGCUUGUGUAUUUAAAGUUAACAAUGACAUUCUUCUAUCCGAACGAUCAUUCAUUUCGCAAUCGUGUCGUCUUUUUUUUUUUUCGUUCUGCGACCUCGGCAAUUUUUCUACGAUGUACAAACGAUGUGGUUCGUACAGAGACCUGCGUUCCAGAUACAUUAGACUCCUCUGGAAGACCUGGAGCAACUCGCACACACUUCCCAGUAAACACCAACUAUCAGUAACACAGCAUUAAUGUUAUCGUUUCCCACUCGACGAUGUAAAUGCGACAUAACAGUUACAUUGUUGGACGGGAAAUUAUAACGUUGACGUAAUGUUACUGUCAGUUGGUCUAUUUCCUAGGUUACAUUUGCUCUUAGGCCGUAUUAAUAAUCAUCAUCUGAAACUGGCCUCAUGAGAGGUGUUCCGAUUUUGAUUCGCAGUUAGAUGCAAAUUUUUCAAUUGAAUUAUAAUAUAUGUGACAUUUAUAUUAGUAAUCGCGGUUCAACUAAAAAACUCAUCUACCUCUGAAUUCAAAUCUGAGUAUCUCACUUGUGUGUAAAAGGAGUUUCAACUAAUAACUGUAUUAAUACGGGCCUUAAGUCACACACACACACACACACACAUAUCGGUGUGUCUACCUUCGGGCUAAUUUAUUCGCUAAUUUUCGUAUAGAAUAGCGCACGGCUACAUCAAUUCGCAGACCGAUACUCAAAUAGCGACCCUCGUGUUCCUCGCUAAACCGGACACGAAUCCACUGUGAUGCACUUUUGUAAAGUAAUAACGAUCGUGGAUUGCUCUGGGUCGACGAGAGAGAGAGAGAGAGAGAGAGAGAAAGAGAGAGAGCAUCUUACGCUUCUUUCCCAUCGUCGUCAUCUCGUCCGAAGAGUUCACUAGUUAGGGACGCAGUUCCGUUGGCGAUUAUUCCUGCCAUCGUUUGGUAUUUUCUAGGAGGCUCGAUAUUUUACGUGUCAAAAGACUGUAGUCUGGUCGGGCCCACUGAGCUUUCGCGAUUCGGCUCCCCGAGCACCGGACGUCCGCACGACGAGGAGAACGCGCGACGACGGGAACGUCUCGGCGCGAGUGCGCUAUAGAUAGAAUAUCAAAGAAAUUUCGCGAGGGUGAUCUGAGAGGAGUAAUUUUUAAAAUCUCAAUGGUGAAGAAAUAAAUAAUAUGACGUAA